AUGAAUAAAAAGGGUAAAAAUAAAAAGGGUAAAGUGCCGAAUCCACCGCAAGAAGAAAAACUUGGUGAUAAACUUGAUUUAGGAGUGAUUAGUGAUGAUGGAAAUCAAGGAAAAUCUAGUGAAACUGUGGAAGAAACAAUUGAAAGUGUGAAAGAAGAACGUGUUCCUGAAAUCAUUAGUGAAAUCAUUCCGCCACAUAUUGAGACAAGAGAUGAAGAGUCACCAAAAAAACCUAAGAGGAAUAGAGGCAAGAAGAAAAAAGGUAAAGAAGAUGAUUUCGAGACAAAGUUAGAAGAAGAAUCAAAAGAAAGUGAUGAAAAACCUGUUUUAGAUCAGAGCAGUAAUAAUAUUCUAGAAGCAGAGCCAGUAGAAUUACCAAUUGUGCCCAUUGUUCGCAAAAAGAAAAAUAAAAAGAAAAACGAAGAACAAAAGACUGAAGAGCCUAUUCCAUCUGACAUUGAGCAAAUCACAUUGCCAACCACAAAUAUUAAAAAUGAACCUGAAGUAGCACAGGAAAUUCCCUUACAUAUAGAAUCAGCGGAGCCAGAAGUUAAGCCGUCAAAGAAGAAAAAUAAAAAGAAAAAGCGAAAUGAUUCUGAAACAUGUGAAAAAGAGGAGAUUUCUUGUACUACAGGCUUUAAAAAACUCAUAGGAGCCAAAGAUGAAGCUCCAGCCUUUAAAGUGGAAGAUAGUUUUGAAGACACGGUUAUGCCUGUAAAGAGUACAGAGCCAGAAAGUGAAAUUAUAUCAGGGAAGAAUAAUUCAGUGGAAGAGAUUAUUGUUGAAAUGAACAUAGAAAAUCAAAAACCUAAAGAACCUCAACAAUUACCUACUCCAGAAGGUAAAAGUAAAAAGAAGAACAAAAAGGACAAAAAACAUAGCCCUCAGAGUGUAGAAAAUACUUCUGCUUUUAAGGAAGAUAUUGCAAAUGUAAUUUCAUUUUCUGCAGAGAAUAUAGCUAAAGAAGAGUGUUCCAAAGAUAUUGUCGAAAUUGAAAAGCCGGAAAUAAUUGUCCAGAAAACAAGUCCAAAACCUAAAGCUAAAAUAGCAAAGCCGGUUCAGAAAAAAAGUAAAGGAAAUCAAGAUAUUCAACCUGAUGAAAGUACACUGCAUGUCACAAUAUCAGAUGAACAGUCUCCGCGUGUUGAAUUAGAAAGUGCAGAAACAAAAGUGAUUAAAGAAGAAACAUUACGUGUAGUUACAGAAAACCCUAUCCAAGAUAGUCAACAGGAACCUAUUGAUUUUAGUAUUCCACAGACUAGCACCAAAAAUAUAACAGAGUUCAAACCGCAUGACUCAAUUAGUCAACAGGAACCUACUGAUUUUAUUAUUCCACAGGCUAGCACCGAAAAUAUAGCAGAGAUCAAACCACAUGACUCUGAAUCAUUAAAUAUAAGUUCAGAAGCAAUUGGCAAGAAGCGUAAGAAGGGAGCUAAAGUACCUAGAACUCCUGAUGUUAGUUUUGAAAUAUUGGAUUCUCAACAUGAAACCGAUCCAAAAAAAAAUGAAUUUGAGAUAUUUCCAAGCAAUCUAGAACAACCCUCAGUUAGUGAAACGGGGGUAAUACAAAAACAAGAAGAAAGUAAAAGGAGUGAUUCAAGUGAUGUAAAUAUCACAGUAGAUCCGGCAUUGGAAUCAAAACUAAAAGUUGAUCUGCCAUGUGAACCUAGUACUCCGGGUCAUGUUCUUUUAACACCUGAAAGUUUCGAGGAGGGAAAGCCUGUUCAGUACGAUACCUUGGCUGUAGAAAGAAAAGAUGAUGCAAAAAAAAAUGAAACAAAGUCUGGUAAAAAACGCAGAAAAUCGCCGAAACCACCUCAAAAAGAUGAACAUAAACAACAAGCUACGGAACAAGUGACACAAGUUGCAAUACAAGCGGCAGAUUUUACUCCUACGCUAGAAGAGAUAAAAAAUGUAGAAGAGAAGAUGGAUAAUUCUGAUAUAACCAGGAUUUAUGACAUAGAAAUAAGUAGCAUAAAAGCUGACGAAUCCGAAGGUUCUCCUUGUGAGACGAUACCGGAUAUAACUUAUCCACGGUCAGUAAGCCAGCAAUUAAUGGACGAUAAUAAUAACAGAACUGUAAUAGGAGAAAUAUUUCCUUUACAAGUUGUAUUAGACACACAGAAACAAGACAAUGUUAAAGCUGCAACUCUUGAAGUAACAACGAAGAGUCAGGAGAAAAAAGUUCCACCAAAAGAAGAAAAGACCGAUAUAAAAUCUAAAAUGAUGGAAGUAAAUCAAGACAUGGAAGAAUUAAGGUUAUCUAUUGAAAGAUCUUUAGCAGAAUUGACAUCUAUGGAAAAAAAUGAGGAAGUAACUGAAAAGGCAAGUGAAGGAUGUAGGCUAGAAAUUCAGGAAAAUUUUAAUAUAAUAAUGCAAGCUGAUACCAUGUCAAGAAAAAAUGAUACCGAAAUAGUGUGUCAAGAUGCACAGGCAAAAAAGACUGAGAUUGAGAAAUCUAUAGAACAAUUCAAAGUCACAGAAGAAUGUCAGAAACAAUUAGAGAAGCCUUUAUUAUUAUUAGACGAUAAAACAUCUAAAAAUAUUGAUAUUCAACAAGCAGAUUUUGAAAUAUUUCAACCUGAAUCAACCAAAUGUGCAACCGAAAGUAAAACUAAAGUAAUAAUUAUAGACGAGUCAAAGAAUAUAUCACCUACCACAGUUGAACCUAAAGAGGGUUUAGUGCCAUCUACGACUGAGAAAAAAACAAUAGAAAACCUUGAAACAGCCAAACAAGAGAAGGUUGAUGAAUUUCCUGCCACCUCAGUUUCACUAACAUUGCCAGUAGAUAAUACAACAGUUGAGUUAAAAACCAAGGAGAAAAGUCAGGAAAAGGAUCUAAAAGAAAAAGAUGCCCAACCAGAUACACCACCAGUGUGUCCGGAAAGAAAGGAUAACAAAAAUAAACACAAGAAAAAGAAGGGCAAACAAAAUAUACAAACAACUUCUCAACCUACUCAAAGCACUCAAGGUACUACUACUCAAUCUGCUACCACCACUCAAGAAGUGAAAAGAGAAGAAAAAACAGAUACCAAGACUGAAAACAAAAGUGGAUCCAAAGAUACUAAGGAAAAAGGUAAACAGCAGUCAAGUUCUGCAAAUGAAUUAAAUGAACAAGAUCUGUCUGACUUUGAACCAAUUGAAAACUUUGAAGAUGCUCUAACAUCAAGUGUGGACGACGUAAAUAAAACAUUUGAAUUAAUCGUCAAUGAAACUCAAGAACAAUGCAACCCAAAGAUUAAUAUAACUGCACCAGAUGAAGAAAAACCUCCUUUGUCGCCGCCAAAAAACUUGCUAGGCCAUCCAGAUAUUCCUGUAUCAUCGAAUAAAAGGGAUUAUAAAAAAGAAAAAGACAAAAUUCCCAAUGAAAUAACCGCCACUGUGAAGAUAAAAGAUGCUGUGGACGUUGAAAGGAAACAGUCAAAGAAUACUCAAACGACAAAUAAGUUAAAAGAUUUAAAAAACUGCAAGUUAAGUGCAAACGAGGAAUUCGUUUAUAAGUACAAUUUUAGAAAAGUCUUUCUGCAGAGUUCUUGUCAUGUGUGCAAUAAAAAUUUAGGUGGUGCUAGAUUACCUUGCUGUUACUGUAAUCUGGUGUUCUAUUGUGGUAUCAAGCAUAAAGACGAAGAUUGGCCGCUGCAUCAAGCGCUUUGUUUUGCUGUUUGUACUAUAGGACAUUUGAAAGAUCAUAAACACAUUUACGGAGACAUAAAGAAUAUUACCGGACAAGACUACAGAUUGAUACGAAUGCAAAUGAUUGUGUCGUGUGAGAAAGUCCUAAAGCGUCGGUUGGUGCCAUGGGAGCAGGAGGCGCUGUUGUACCCCAGGUUCUGUGCUCAUGUACCCUGCAGGGAAUGGAGGCAAAAUAAACUGAGCGACUGUCAGGGAUGUGGACAGAUAUCGUUUUGUAAAGACUAUCCUGAUCACUAUCCGAAGUCACACUCCCGCUGGUGCAAGUCUUACAGCCUCUACCAGAAGCUGGUCUGCUACCAGCAGACCAAGGGAAGACUGGAGCCUCGGCUGCCGACCAAGGUUAUGCAGGAGCAUUACAAAAUACCGGAGAAUAUCAAUCAAGUAUUGGCAGCUAUGUAUGAAGAAAAAAUUGAUAUGAAUGACAUACAAUACGCAGCAUUGACUCAGCUAGCGACUGCCCCACUUACUGCCGCAUACUGCCACCAGAUGUACAGGAGAAAUAACAUCACGACUAAUGGAUACAAGAAAUCAAUUUUUACCAUACACGUGGUUGGCGCAGAACUGCAGUUUGAGGCAGACGCUCUGAACAAAUGGGAGGUGUUCUUUUUGCACCUACGGCCUGAUCUUCAAGAGCUGAGGGUUGUUCUUAUCAACUAUAACCUCAACCCUUCGAAUUUGCCACUAGAACUGCUGGGAAAGAUCAAGUUAUGUGAUCAGUGCCAUCAAGAUAAACGUAGAGUGGUGAUGCACUUCCAGGACAAGAGGACGUACGCAGACUAUAAGAUGAGUGAAGACUUCAUCACACCUGAUUUAAUAUGUGCCUUUAACCCCAGCAUCCAGAGGUCAUCAGUCUACAAUGGCAAGGACCCUUGGCCUUCUACCGUUAAUGUCAUCCUAAAACAGAAGACCCCUUUUAUCAUUACGUCGUAUUCCAUCACAGAACUGAACAAAGACUGCAUCAGAAUCAAAGAAUGUUCUGAAGUUGAAUUGAAGUUUAUUUGUGAACCGAAAUUAAACUGCUUCGCGAGUGUUCGACCUGAUAGAAACUUUAUAACAGAUGAUGAGACGCCUUUGCUUUUUAAAAACAAUUGUUAUGCUAUAAUCUGUGGCUGA